CGGCGAAGCCCCGCUUUAAUUGAGGCCGCCGGGAUGGGGCGCACCGCGUAGGGCAGAGCGGGGGCCGCCGCGCUCCGGGCCGCAGGCAACGCGAACCCACGGCCGUGCAGAGCGGCGCCGCGUCCGACACAGCUCAAGCCCAUCCCGGCCCGGGGGGGAGCAGCCGAGCGGGGCCGCGUCCGGCCGCCGCGUGGGUGGCCGGUGGGCCGGGCGCUGGCGGCCGCCGCUGCCGAGCCCCAUGAAAACGCAGGUCUGGGGGAGCUCCCCGCGGGCGCCCAUGGCUGCGGCGAUGCCGUGCAAGAGCGCGGAGUGGCUGCAGGAGGAGCUGGAGUCGGGCGGCGGCCGCUCGCUGCUGCUGCUCGACUGCCGCCCCCACGAGCUGUUCGAGAGCUCGCACAUCGAGACGGCCAUCAACCUGGCCAUCCCCGGGCUCAUGCUCCGCCGCCUCAAGAAGGGCAACCUGCCCAUCCGCUCCAUCAUCCCCAACCACGAGGACAAGGAGCGCUUCGUCAAGCGCUGCAAGGCCGACACCGUGCUGCUCUACGACGAGGCCACUGCAGACUGGCAGGACGGCGGCGCCGCCACCUCCGUCCUGGGGCUCCUACUGCAGAAGCUGCGCGACGACGGCUGCAAAGCCUAUUACCUAAAAGGUGGGUUUAACAAGUUUCAGACUGAAUACUCGGAGCACUGCGAGACGAACCUUGACAGCUCCUCGCCCAGCAACUCUCCCCCGGCGUCGGUCCUUGGCCUGGGAGGGCUGCGGAUAAGCUCUGACUGCUCGGAUGGCGAAUCCGACAGGGAACCCAGCAGUGCCACGGAGUCGGAUGGGAGCCCCAUCCCGAACAAUCAGCCUGCCUUUCCAGUCCAGAUCCUACCUUACCUGUACCUGGGCUGUGCCAAAGAUUCAACCAACUUGGACGUCCUGGGCAAAUAUGGCAUUAAAUACAUCCUGAAUGUGACUCCCAACCUGCCAAACAUGUUUGAGCACGAUGGAGAGUUCAAGUACAAGCAGAUCCCCAUCUCAGAUCACUGGAGCCAGAACCUCUCGCAGUUCUUUCCCGAGGCCAUUGCUUUCAUUGAUGAGGCCCGUUCCAAGAAGUGUGGGAUCCUUGUUCACUGCCUCGCUGGCAUCAGCCGCUCUGUAACAGUCACCGUCGCCUACUUGAUGCAAAAACUCAACUUGUCCCUGAAUGAUGCCUAUGACUUUGUGAAAAGGAAAAAAUCCAACAUUUCCCCAAACUUUAACUUCAUGGGCCAACUCCUGGACUUUGAGAGGACUCUGGGACUCAACAGCCCUUGCGACAACCGCUCGCCCAGUGAACAGCUCUACUUCACCACCCCCACCAACCACAACCUCUUUCAGCUGAACACUCUGGAGUCCACAUGAAGGGGAAUCCACCUGGUCGGGAACUUGAGCAUUGAAUCGCUUCUCUUGAGCAUUUCAACUCUUACAAAAACAUCUGUCUUGCCAGGCAGCUCUGGAACAACUCGCUUCUCUGGGCAGAGGUGCCUGAUCGCUGCUUUAAGAAGGCUAAUGCUGAUCAUUAGUAUUCUGAUCAAAGUGGUUUGAAGAGGUAGUCUUUUUACAGGGGGUUAUUUAAUACGGGCGAUGUUACAGCGUUUUGAACGCAGCUGUUACCGGCAAUAACCGCUUUCCUGGGUGCAUUGGGACUGUCAGAACACGCACACGUGUGAAGAGCUACCAGGGGUUAGCUUGCUGUGGAAAGCGAGGAGAUUUAUGCACUUGGAAACCUUGAACAAAAGGUGUUGGGCCAAGACUGUUUUAAAACCCAAGUUUACUUUUUUUCUUGAUUUUAAAAAAAAGAAAAGGUAGAUCUUACUCGAGCUUUGGGUUCAAACUCUUUUUAAAUAUGUAAGUUCCUGACUGUUUGUACAGACGAGGUUGCAAAACCAGUAUUUUAUUCUGUUUCUUGUUUGAUCAUUUAUUAUUUUUUUUAAUCAAAUGUUUAUAUUGACCAAAUGCAUUUUGCACACUUUGUGAAGCCUUGGUAUGUCCUGGCAUAUUACUGGGUACUCCAGAGAGAGAUACAUGCUGCUGCUGUUGUUGUUAGCAUCUGGUAGGAAGCUUUGUUCUGUGUGAAGGCCAGUUGGGCUUAAACGCAACCCCUUCACCACUCCGGCACUCACAAUCACAACCUCUGCACUGAUUCAGCCAAGGUGACUAAGCCGCAAGCUUUUUUCUCUUUAUUUUUUUUUAAUGCCACCCCUGCCAAAAAUACUGUUUGCUGUUGCCAGAGGUAAAACUCCUGUAGCCUCCAGAGUUAGCAGAAGCAUGUCUGAGCCCGGCUUCGUUCUUUGCUGCCUGUUGACUGACUUAACGUCAUCCAGCUGGCCCGAAACCAUUCCAGCUUCCCGCGUACGGAAGGUAGCGGCGAUGUUGGCGUUUCUUGUGCACACUUGAUCCUUUCCCACGUGUGCGGGGUGGAGGGGGAGCACGGCGAGCGCCCGGAGCAGAGCGAGGAUUGCGUAGCGGGAUGGGACUCGAUUGUCACGCGUGGAGCGUGUGAGCGGAGGGAAGAGAUGUGGAAGUGAUGAGAAGAGUGUUGUAACAGAAUUUUUAUAUAUAUAUAUAUGAAUAUAUAUAUUAACUGGCAAAUUCUGCAAUGAUUGGAGCUUUCAACAGAGCUUCUGAUUUUUUUUUUUUUUUUCUUCCUCUUUCGAAUAACUUUAUGCCGUGCCUUCUAUUCUGAGAAGACUUGUUGAUAUUUCUGGCUAGUGUUUGGUGAAUACCUUAUAGUAAGCCGGGAGGGGAGGAAGUGGUAAUAAUUUCUGGGAGGAGGGCAGAACGGAUUUGGAGAUUUCUUUAUUGGCUGCAAUGUAGUCCCUCCUUUCUCCCCCCCUCCCUGUCCACUUUAACUCUCCUGUAACUGAAAAGAAAAGAAAGAAAAAAAAAAAAAGCCACGGAUUUUUCUAAAUAUCCAGUUUUUUGUACUUUUUUCAAGAAAAAGAAAAAAAAUGAUUAAAAAAAAACCCCUCCAUCUGGAGGAAUGUUUGAUGCUGUCAUAUCCUGAAACCGUUCUUUUUGUUAAAGAUGUUACCAGAAUGUUGGAAUGAGCUUCUCUUUCUUGUUUUCUGGUUGUUUUUUGUUUGUUUGUUGGGUUUUGUUUGCAACAAUGUUGGGAUCGUGGGUCAUUGGAAGGGAGAAUGGGCAUAAGUAUGGUUGUGAGUGAGAAAAUUGAGAAUAUCUUAAUUGCAUCUUACCUCAUGGAGGAAUUAAUUUUUUUUCAGGGAUUUUUUUGACAGUGCAUCUGUAUUGCAUUACAGCUUAGCUGGUUUGUAAAGGCUUCCUGUGCUGUUAGUGGUCUUUCUUCUUUAAGGAAUAAAAACAAGAUGCAUCUUCUGAUUAGUACAAAUGAGAGCUUGUUAGUGAGGAAUGGUUCUGCUUUCUGAGUUAUGAAGGAAAAUUAGUGACCCUAUAUAUUCUGAUCCAAUAUUGGGACUUUGUUUAUAUUGCAAAUAAAUAUUAUUUUUUCUUUAAAAAUGAUGUUUGUGUCAGAUGCUUGUCUAGCUUCUGCCCGUAUAAGGGCAUGCUGCUCUUAUCCGUUUUUUUAUGGUCAAUUAGUAUUCUUCUGUGACCAUGAAGAGCAUUUGCUGGGCAGUGUUCAAGUGUGGUGUUUGGUUUCAUGCACAGCUUAAUUUUUAAGACCUGUGGUAAAAUGGAGAAGGGGAGGCGGGAGGGCGAGGAGAGGGAUGUGGGGUAUUGGAUAAACCGGAGAACAAAGAACAGAUUGAGAAUGGGACCAGCUUUGACCCCAGCCAUUCCUCUGCACCGAAAAUAAAUAGAUAAACUAAAGACACUUUUGUUCGCUGUUUAAGCGGGGCCUACAGAAGCAUGGUGAGGCCUUGCCUACCGCUGUAAGCGGAUUUUAUUUCAGUAGGAAAGCAAGAAGUUGUGGCCUUGUGGGCAGCCACCUGAUGGCUUCUGGGUGUCACAGAGAGCAGGAGCCGCCUCUUGCACGCUCAGGUGGGGCCAAGCCCUGGCUGUAGUGUCACACCUGGGCUGUGCUGUCCCCCUGUGCUCCCUGGCUGCGGGUGCAAUGGGUUUAUGGGAAACCGGAGGGGCUGAUGAGGAUGCUUUAGGGUGAAAGGGGGCUCAGAGUGUGUGAGUGCAGCCCAGCUAAGGGAGCUGUGGUCCCCACGCUGCUGCUGGUUGCGAGGCAGGGCUGAGCUGGAGUGGGUUCCCCCCUGCCCCCUUGUUUUAACUGAAAUGGCAAGAAAUUAAAUUCUUCAAUCACUGAAUUAAUCAAAGUGAGUGUGCGUGUCAUGGUGUUCUACUCCUAGGGCUCAAGCACCAAAGAUACCUCAUUUGAUUCCAUAAGUUGCUCAGGCUGAUGGGUGCAGAGUCUGUUGCAGAGCAGGGGGGGCAGGCAGAGGCUGAAGCAGGAGCCAAGGGAUUGUGUGUGUGUGUAGUGUAUGUGUGAGAGAGAAUUUGUUUACUCCUCGACUACAUGAUGGAAAUCUAUAUAUUGAUUUACAGGCCUGUUAGUGGCUCAACAAAUGAAAAUCACCUAGUAUGCAGGGAAAAGAAAUCCUUUAGGUUUUUGUAUGUAAUUACAUGGUAGAGUAGCUCUUGAGGAAGACUUGAGACCAUGCUGGAGGCUGGCUGUGCACCAGAGGAGUGCAGAGCAGCUUGUCAGGUGUAGGGCAGUAUUUGCUUCCGUCUGAUUUCAUCUUAUGAUUUUCUGCUAAGGUGUGGAAUAGGAUAUUAGCAGUUAGUCUUAGCUCUGUAAGUACAUUUGUGUGGUAGCUGAGUUGUGGCUGGCUGGAACCACACAGCUGCUAUUUGUGACGGCCUGGGUGAAAUUGCUGGCGUGCAGGCAGCUCCCUCGGGGUACCCGAUCCUGGGAGAUGCAUCCCGCCACUGCUGCAUUGAAAAGCCUCAUUGCAAAUGGAAGGAGCUAACUUGUUUGAAAACCAUCCUGCCACCUGCAAGUGCUCUGUCCUCCAGGACCCAAAAGAGCCUUUUCCGAGCUUCCUGGCCUCGACUGUCUGGUUCUCAGCCAUCAGUGUUUUACAAGUGUCUUGCACUGUACUUCUUGGCUCGGAGGGGUUUCCUUGGAGACCUGAUGUCCUGCAAUUUCCCGAGGAGACAAGGACUGACAUCAGGAAAGGGGCAAUGCUGGAGAAAUAGUUACAGAGAAAAAAGAGCGUGGGGUCUGUCUACACUCCCCUGCAGAGGCGGGCACGAGCACUGGCUGAGCGUAGGAGCAUGGGCUGAGCGAGAAAGCUGGUUAUGUUCAGACCGGUGGAAUUUGGCAAGGAGAUACUGCUUCCCACACUCAGCAAGGAGAAGCUCCUCGGUUAACCCAUUAAUUCCAGAUAAGCUGCUUGUAAGAUGCUCUGUGGGCUCUGCUCUACAGAACCAGGUAAUCUGCUUGGGCACAGAGAACUGCUGACCAUGGGUUUUCACUUGUGAUGCCACAAGCCCUCAGGCAAUAUGAUUGGGUAUUUGUGUAUAUAUAUAUAUUUUUUUUUAAUGGGUCUUACCCCUCUGAUAUGAACAGUUAGAGGGACCACAGGUCCCAGGUGCUUUCAAAAAGUUUCUCCUUCCAUUUCGAGUCAUGGCAGAAGCACAAAAGUCUGAACACAGGUAGAGUUGAACUUCUGCAGCUCCCCACCAGUGAGCCCAGGUAGCUGAUUUUCAGCCCUUCCAGCAGCCCUCUGCACAGCACAUCCCAGCCUGCAUGCCUCCGUGCUGCCUGGCAGAGCCUGGCUGUCCACCCCGGCUGGAGAGGCAAGGGCAAGGAGAGCAGGUAUGUCCUGAACAUGAGGAUGACUGUUUGGCAUCUUGUGCAAUAGGAGAGCAAAGAGCAACUUCCCAAGGCAGUGCAGUGAGGAUUACUUGUGGUCGCAGACAAUGACCGAGGGACAACACAAAGGCAGGAGAGAUGAGCCCCAAACAGUUGUGGAAGGGAAAACUGAAGGGGUAGUGGAAGCAGCUUCAGGAGCCCAACAAGCAGGGGCUUUGGGGUUAUUUGUAGCUUUCUUUUACGCCUCUUCUAGGCCCUUAUUUCUUGGUGUGGCAUCAAACACACCUCUGAGCAUGAUGCAAGUCAACCUGUGCAGCUCUGAACUUGCCUGCUGUUGUGUCACCCAGAGAUGCACGUGGGGAACCAGACUCUUCCUGCCACCGUCUGAAUUUGGGUGCUCACAUUUCCAAGGUAACCAGGUUAUUUGUGGGUUGUUGUUUUCCUUUUUUAUCCCUUAUGUGAGCAAAUCAGGCUAUUUGCAGUGUUGCGAAGGCAUGUAAAUAGUUCAGCUAAUCAACACAUCCCUGUGAUUACAGCUGACUGGCACAGGCUGUGAUAGUCAUGCUCUGGGCUUCUCAGAAACUGUGUGAAAGUGGCUUUCAUCUGGAUAUUUGUGCCAUGCGGUCCUGUGCUUCCUCAAAACUUUCUCUUAAUGAUAUUUGAGGUCAGAGUGCUGGUCUGUCUGAAUGUAAUUUGGGCUGAGAAGGCAGGUGAGGAAAUGUUCAGUAGGCAGGGAGAGCACCUCAUGGGAAUCCCAUCCAGCCUCCAUGUCCUGUUCCUUCGAGUUCCUCUAUUAAACCUGCAAAGUUCCCCUUUCUAGUGGCUUUGUCUUUUGACCUUCUUUGCUGUGUCACCCAGCAGCACGGGCCCAAAGGAUGUGCCACAGCAAGGCCACCCCACAGUGCCACAGUCCAGGUGGGACCUUUGGGUAGGAGACACGACCACAAGAGUGUGGCAUGGGGACAACGGCUGUGCUGUGUGCUGGCAGUUGUAUUGAGCUCUGGUCACCUUGGUGAGCACCAUUUCCUUUUUCUGGCCUGGAUGUGUCACUGCUCUCACCUUUUCCUCUCCAAAACACCUGAGGAGCUGCAGUGGCACCUGAGGGGACCUAGACUGGUGGCUUGGGAAGACCUGAAAGACUCAUGGCCAUUGUGAGUGUGACCUGCAGUCAUGGUGGUACAGCAAGACAGCUGGGUCCUGUGAAGGAGUUGUGGGAGGAUGAACAGCCCAGGGGAAGAAGGUUCUGUGUGGCUGGCAGCAGUGGACCCCUCAGCCUGUGGUGGCAGCAGCAGCCCCCAGCAGCCACGAUGGUCAGAGACAGUGAACUGCUGCCAUACAACUCUGAGUUACUGGUGCCCCGGGCUCCUCCCUGACACCUCCACACUGCCCCCGCUCAACCAUGUCGCAAUUGUGGUUUUUAAGUGGGAGCUGGGUCACGGUGGGAACUGCGGUUCAGCUUUGGCUCAGUCGAGGGUUGAAGAUUAAUUAGGGGCUAAGAAUUAAUCACGCAUCAGGUGCAGACACCUGGGCUGGCUGUACAGCCCCAGACUGCUGGUGCCCAGCUGCUGUGGGCCAUGCGGACCCCGCAGUGUUGGGGCAACAUGGACACUUCUCCCUGCCUGGUGCCAGCAGAGACCACCAGCCCUCCCUGGCCUUCCUUUGUCCCUUCUGGUUGCUUGUGCUCACAGCUGAACUGGCACUUGUUCUGCAUUGCACUUAUUGCUUUCUCUGGUUUCUCCACCACUUUCUGUUUCUUUGGGUAGCUGGGAUUUGAGGUGCUCUCAUCCGGCAGCUACUUCUGCAAAGCUGUGGUCAUUCUGCAGGAGAACGGAGCUCCUACCAGAGACAUUGGGCCAUGUUGGAAAUGGUGACUGGCUGGGCCAUGGGGACAUUUGUGGGGGGAAGUGUGAUACUUCUGUGCUGUUCAGCAGUGCAAGUGAUCCAAAAGCAUGUAGGACCUUAAAAAGUAUCUGAUGAGGGAAUCAAGUAUGAGUGGAGAAAGGGGAAUCCAGACGGAUUUAUUUAUUUUCCUACUUUCUUUCCCCGGAGAAACAUCUGGCUUAUGUAAAGCCAUUUGCUGGGCUUCUCACUGCUUUAUUUUGAAAGUCUCUGCAUUCAGGCACUCUGCUCUUCUCAUCUCCCAUUACUGCCUGAAGGGCAGAUUCUUCAUGAUUUGGGGUUUUGCUUUUAUGAAGUUUACUCUUUGUUUCUGGUCUGUGUUUUUUUUCUUUGCUUUCCUUUUUCUUUUAAGGACUGCUCUAGUUUGGCUCAUGGUUUUGCCUUGUUUUCUUCUGAGAGGCGAAUUUUUGUGAUAAACCUGCACAAAGUGGGAAGCAGCAGACUGGUGUGUUGGUGAGACCCUGGUCACCAAUGCAGCAUUAGUGAAAACCAUGUGCCAGCAAGAGGCUGAGCUCUGUGCUUUGGUAGCGGCUGUUGACACCCCAGAAGCACAACAUCUGUAUGGAAGAUACCUAAAUGUAUAUGAGGGGAUGCAGUGAGAAGAGUUGCGACCAGAUUUGGGGACCCCCUGGCCUUGAUGAAGCAAAUGAGUUAAGUGCUGACUGGCACUGUUGUUGGAGCCACAGUCACCUUGGCUGCCUGCAGGGCAGGAGCCCCUCAGCCUUCCAGGUGGUAAAGAGGUCCCUGAAUGAAGUGACUGUGCAGUGAUCCAGCCCACCUUUCCAUCCCUCUCACGUAGGACGGAGCUGGCUGCAAACAAAACGUGCUGGAACCCUUGCCAGGCAGUGGUGCAGUCUGUCAGAGUUGCCUGAUCCCCUGCAUCUGUGAGGAACAGCCCUGCUGCCAACUUCACAACAUCCUCUCUUUCUCCACGGAGGAAAGACUUUUGAGCCUGCUGAGAGUCGCCCAGUUGUGUGGGACAGCGGUGGGAUGUGACUACAGAGAAGUGUAUAUGCUUGUCUGCUAGGAGCCCCCACAGCUCUGCAAAGUGUUCUCAAUAGCUACCAAGACACCUGCUCACUCCAGUACAGCCUGGGAUCGGACACUCAAGCUGUGUGAUGUGAAAGCUCUUACCUCCAGAUCCAGACCCCGCUGAUCUUCAGCCUCUUUCCCACUCAGCUUUGGACUGUUGGCUUUUCUUCGAUAGACAUGUGGCAUCAGAAGUGCUAAUUGUGUGGCUGGCUGAGAGCACAGGAGUGGCAGCACUAGCAGUGGAAGGGAAACCCAGAUCUCCCAAGUACCAGACCAGCAGCUCCUCCAAGGGUUGUUUUGCUGUGGUUGCUGCAUGAUGCUCAGCUCUUCCUGAAGUGGAGCCCAUGCUGGGGCCAGUGCUGUGCUGCAGCUGAUGGAGAAAACACCAAUGUUUUGGAGUUACACUGCCAUGAUCACAGCAAUACUGGAGCUUUUGAAGAAGAGCAUCAUCACAGGACUUGCAUUUAUCUUCUGUGGUCCUCCCAUGUCCCUGAGAUUAUAACAGAUGAGGAGGAUGUGAUUAGUGUUUUCCACCAUGGGAUGUCAGCUGAGGGAUGAGAACCAUGUGCCAAGAGGAGGAAAGAGCUACCACAGAUGGAUGAAGACCGUUCCUUCAAAUGUGAAGUGCAGCAAGCCCAUACUGGAUCCCUGUUGCCCUUGGGAUCAAAUGGCAGGGAUGAUGAGAGAAACAGACUGAGUCCCAAGCCCUCCCCAGAGCUAAACUGCAAAACCACAGGCUGCACCAAAGCCCUUCGAGCCAGCCCAUCUCCCAGCAGAGUCUCUGUCCUGCUCUCUCGACUCAGGGCUCAGAAUAUUGACAGGGGUUUCUCCAGGGAGUACUGACACGGUUCCUGCCCAUCAGCUGCGCUGCACAGCUCUGCCAUCCCAGGAUGAAAGGCAGAAUCCAAAACAAACCUGCCAGAGGCAGUAACUUUUAUUGGUGAGGCACUGCCAAAUCCCGCCAAUUGUCCAUGCACAAGAGGGGUCGGGUCACCCUUUGCCCAGCCCUGUGACUUGCUUGGUGCAGGGUUUCUGCUGAAGACCUGAAGGAUUUGUCCUGCAAGAGGAGCUGCCUGGGUUUUGCAGUCCAGAUACUCAGGCUGAGUUCCCAGAGCAAAGGGACUUGCUGGUCUUUCGCAGAGCACAUUGUCCUUAGCAUCACGGUGACAGCACCUGAGGACCUGGAGGACAACCCUGCCUUGCCUGAUGGGGAGACAGAGAGCAAACAGGACCAGGCAACAACUCUCGAGUCACGAUGCUGUCCCUGCUGCUUCCUUUUCCCCAUCAGCUGCAUGAGACAAGCUCUCCUUUUCUGCUCGAAAAAUUGCCUGGCUAAAAGCUUUUGCUACUACUCUUGCCAUCCCAGAGUGCACUAAGCCACAGACUCCAAACUCUAAAUUCCCGUUUGCGGACUCUGAGCUCCUGAGGUUGAUUUUACCACUUUACCACCAGGAAAAAUUAUGUGAAUUCAUGGGAGAAGCAAGUUAUAUGAUGAGUGGAGAGAAAUACAGCUCCAGAACCAAGUUACUGCUUCAGACAAGGCUGCAGCAGGCGAUGGCGCCCAGCUCUCCUAGCAGAGAUGGCUGCAGCGAAAUCACCCAAGAGGGAGAACAAAAUGAAAAGAAUAAAGAAAAAGAAAAAUCCACUGAGCUACUGUUUGCUUUCCGGACGGAGCCUGUGGUACAGCACCAGCAGCCAAGCACAGCUCUGCGUCAAACACAAAGGCAACAUGCCGCUUUGUGUUCGCUCAGCUACAUGCAUGCAGGGCAAGGGAGAAGGAAGGAAUGUCAGUGGAGCCUCUUGUGGGCUCCUCACCAAGAGGAGCCUCCUUCCCUCCCACCGCCUUUACAGAGCUCUGUAAUUCCCCCAGGAUCGUGCUCACCACAGACCGCGCAAGAAGCAGGGCUGGGGUUUCAGUCCAUGGCCACCUUCCCAUGAGGUCAGGGCUGAAUUGCCACCCUGCAGCCAGCACAAAGGGGCAUAGGACUGCUGGAAAUGCUGUUUUGGAAGGGGGAGCUCAACCUUCAUCAACCAUGGGGAUGGACAGGGGAUGCUAGAGAAAGUGCAUUCAAGCAUUUGGAAAAUCUCACAGGACUUUGUGGGAAAAGUGAGGUUGAGUACAUGACCAUCCUGCAGUGCCACUGGAGCAGCAGUUGCAUAUCUGUGGCUGCAGGUAGAGGUGGAGACUCGCUGACAUGAGACCCGAUCCAGUUACAACCCAAAUUUCAGAGCUCAUGAGCAACCACUGAAAUCUUGUUGACCAGUCUUAGCUGAAAAGCAGACCUCACCAAAAAUUAGGUGUCUUCACGGGCGCUUGGAUUGAGGCACUUAAAACAAGGGCUAGCACUUGUAAGGUGUCUGCUUGGCCACAAGUUUGCCUGCAUCAUGUUCCCCCAGACACAGUACUGAUUGGUUUCAACUUUCUAAGAGAAAAGGAGGUUGUGGGUGCUUAAACUAAAGGCCAAAGCCUGGAGAAGAAGUGGUCUUGAGAGGAAUUUGGCUAGACUGGAUUGGAGUACCAUGAUUAACCUUCACCUGGUAGCUUUCUCCUUUUCCUUGGAGAUUCCACAAAACACCAGCUCCCAUUGCUGUCUUGAAGGUCUUGAGAUGUCAGACCUCAACCCUCACCCCACUUCCUCUCAGGUUUGAGCAGGUGCUUUAUCUUGAUUAAUCUGGGCUAGCCCAUGGGCAUAUCUCUGUGGUUUUGCUGGCAGACGGGCCUGGCCAGAGCUGCUUGGGCUGGGGAUACCGGCCAAAAGCAGGAAUCACAGCAGGGGAGAAGGAAAACUCACAGGACUGGUUGAGGAAGGGUAGGAGUGGAGCAGACAUCCCUCCCAUCCUUCCAGCAGGUUUAUUAGGGUCUGUUCUUUGGUGUCUUUUACUGGUCCAAAAGCAGGGCCACCAUCUGUUCUGCUGAAUUCCUCCUAAAUUCUCCUUUUGCAGCAUGACCGGUGUGAAUGCCAGCAGCUGGAAGACUGAAAUAGCAGCUACCAUUGCUUAGGUCCCACUGAUUUGUCCUGUGGUUUUUCCAUGUCCUUUAAUCUCCAGUAAAUAAUCCCUCACUUCCUUGUGGUCUUUUUAAUUCCAUGCUCUGUGCUGGUGCUUCCUGUAAACAUUGGGGCUGGUGGCCCGUACGUGGCCACCACCAUCUAAUUGAGGCUCUCCCCAGCCGUGCAAAGGGCAUGUGACAGGGCUGUUUGUCAGGCUGGAUGUGGCUGGUACAAGGGAUAAAUAAUAGAAAUGCCUGAUUCUCCUCUCCAUCCAGCCAGAAGAAGUCAGGGCUGGCUCUCGUGAGGCUGGUGAAUAAUACAGGUGUAAAACCAAGUACAUGUGAGAGCAUCAGGUCCUGGCACCCAACUAAUUGCAUCAUCUGGCCUCCAGCAAUCAUGAUUAGGCCAGCGCUUGAAAGCAAAAUUGGCCUAAAUUAUGAGCAAUGAGGUCCCUCCACCAUACACGUCUGCACUGGUGUUUGCUCUUCCGUGCAGGAGCCACGUCCUGUGCAGAAGCCAUGACCAGACCUCGCUCAGCCCUUAAUUGCAUGUUUCUGGUCUAAAAUUUGGAGUGGAGUCCUAAAAUCAAGGGCAGAGGUGAGAGGUCUGUGCUGAACGAAGUCUUUACCCAAUAUUUGUUGCUCCAUGGGCUUGAUCCUUUGCACUCUGGUGGCAAGAGAACUCCAGAUCCCCUCGAGCACUCUGACAGCAAGGGAGGUCAAGAAGGCAUUUGUACAAUCAAAAUAUUUUUAGCUGUAAGAUUUGGGUAUCAGAUACCCAUCCUCAAGCCUGAGAGAAAUUAUUUUCCCCGGGUGAGUUUGUGUUAAACUGAGGGUAGAUCAAAGGGGCUUGUGACAAGAGCUGAACUGGGCUUUUUGGCUGGCACAGCUUUUCCUCCAACUUGAAAGAUCAUCACUCCAGGUUUCUGUUGACUGAUGGAUCCCUCCACAGAUACCUGAGCAGCCAACAGACCAUUUCUGCAGGAACAUCUUUGCUCCCAAUGUAUCUUGGGCUCUCACUUGUGCCUGUCCUGACCAUCCUUGCACAUGGGGUGUCUGUAUGUGCCUGGCUGGAAGAUGAUGGUGUGAGUGUGCUCAUGCAGGUGAUUCUGGAGAUGGAUGGGUGUAAUCCUGCUAGCCCUGCCAAUAUUUGAUGCUUGAAAAGUUAAUGCUUCAUGUUAUUUUAUGUUAAUAUUUUAAUGUUAAUUUACAGCAAAACACAACUGUAAGAGAGGUCUUAUAACCAGACCAUUAACACAUGGUUCUUCCCAGCAUGGCGGCUUCCAGAAAUCUGCAGGUUUUGAUCUGUUGGCUACUUCAAAUAAGUUCUAAUUUAUUUGUUUUCUUUUCAUAAGCUCCUCACAGCCAAGCUGUGACAGCUAAGGGGAACCUGCUCAGUCUUUCAGCAUUAACAUCUUGAUUAUCAGAGCGCAGGCUCCUUCCACGUGAGGACUGCACGUGUGUGUGCCACCACUCCUUAAGAUACUUGUGGAGCUGAAGCGUGAGCAGGAACUCGGCUUGCCGUGGCAUUGGGGGUGCUGAAAAAGAUGCCUGGAGGGAAAGGCCAACCUCAAUUUGUGUCAUUUAAUGCCAUGUCAUGUCUGUCACCUUCUUUAGAAUGGGGCAGUUAAUAGCAAAAGCGGAGUAGAGCUGAGUUUUCCCAUUAAAUGCUGGUGACCUGGUUGUAUCUCGCCGUGGUGCAUGUAUCACAGGGAACUGAGUGUGUGCUGCAGGCGGCUGAUGCCCCGAGGCACGGGCAGUGAGCAUCCUGCUCCCUGUGCACUGGUGUUGACCAAAGGAAGCUGAGAGGGCUGAUGUGAGGAAGCUGGUGGGAAGUUUGGGUUUCUGGCUGCCCACGCAGCUCCAGUGUGACCAAGAGUUGGCAGGAUCAAUCCCAGAGCAUCCCAUGGGGAUCAGAUGGGGGAAGGACUGGGAAUUGCUGGCUUUUUUCAUGACCACCUUUUCCUUGCAAAGUAGAUGCCACAUUAUCACUAGGUUGAGCUGUUGGCUGAAACAGAGCCCUAGGCAAAAUCAGACAAAAAUGAAACUCCUACAAGCCUUUCCUGAAGUCCGCUUGAAAGCAUUACAGGUGUAGAAGAAAUGACGCUGUUCUGGAUGUGUUUAUGACUGCUCUCAUGGGUCUCCCUGGCCCCAGGCUGACCAUGGGCCUCCACUGCUCCGUUUUUUCUGAUGGUGGGGAUGUGAAAAGCCUUGAGAGAGGCAGAAUGGCUUUGCCUGGGCAGCAGUAGGAGUUCUUGAGACCUGAAGCAAAUAAUCAUCGCCUGGAGCUGGUCCCUUUGGCUCCAGGCACUGCUGAGUUUGCUGGUGGAGAAAACCACUGCAUUGGAUCAAACCGCUGUGCAAGGAGACUUCACAAAAGUGAACAGCUAGUGGUCAAGAAGAGCUGCCAGAUUCCUGCUUUCUCAGUAACUAAUAAAAGUGCUUUUUAAACACAAUUAAUGUGAUGUCUUGCUAAAGACUGAAGGAAAUUGGAAUUGAGACAUUUGUAUUUUGACAGACUCUGUGGAAAACUUCUGUUCAGACUGGUAGGAAUGAAACCAAUAAAUUUCUGAAGAAACUUUCUGAAUUCAGCCUUCAAGAUAAUAGAUAGGCUGUUCUGACUGCAGAUAAAUAAACUCUGUUUUUAUAAGCGUUUAAAGACCUUUGGGAUGACGAAGUGGAACAUACUUCACAUCUCCAAAGAUGGGAAGUGGCUUCUGAGUCAAAUGCCCUCCCGUGCCAGGGCUCGUAUUUUAGACUGAGAUCACUCUUUUGUGACUUGUUGACAGGUUUUUUGUUGUACUUUGAAGAAAAAAAGGGAAAACGUCCCAGGCUGAAAAUAGCAGUGAGACAUUCCGCAACCAGCCAACCUGUUCUUCAAGAAAACUUCCCAGGGAACGUAAAGCUCAAGCUGCAGCCCCAAAAACACCAGCUAAGAAAUGGCACAUCAAGUGAUUAUUUGGGUGAAAAAAACUCUGUUUUGGGUGACAACAGCCCCUGCCUGAGCAUCGCUCAUCUCUUUUCCUGUGGUGAAGAUGACCAUCUGAGAAAGGAAAAAAAGCAAGGAAGGAAGGCAGGAGCUGUCCCAAAGGCAGGUGGUGAAAAGGCUGGAUCAGGGCUGGAGAAACAGGCCAGGUCUCUGCCUGUGUGCCAGGCUUGGGGCUUAGUUUUGCAAACAAAACCAAAACAAAUGCAACCCAGAGCCACGGGUGGUAAGCAACACUGAAGCAUUCGCACUAAGGUUUGUUUGCUUUGUUCUCCAUUUAUCUGCUGGCUGAUGUGACCUGUUGGGCAAAGGCCAGCAGGAUGUGCUUUAUGUGAACUGAACGUAAAGGCACGUUACUGGAGGAAAAGAGAGACAAGUCACAUAUACAGGGUGGCCCCCAAACCAGGCUGAUCGGCUCCGCAUGGAUGUGGGCUCCUGCCAUUGCAUGUAGCCGAAGGCCAGUCCUGGCACAAGGGUGGCACGUUGGAGCAAUGUGCCUCGAGGUCAAACCCCAGUGUCACGGCCGAGUCUCUGAGGCUCAAGAGAGGAGGCACCAAAGCCUUUCAAGAGCUGGCUGAAGGAGCUCCAUCUCUCUGGUUUCUCAAAAGGAAGGGAGAGCAGGUCAGGGCUUGUGAUGCACAAAGAUGGGGAAAUAACAAGAUUUAGGAGGCAAAGUCUUACAAGAUGACUGGAAACAGCCACCCAGUUAAUCCAUCCUGUGAAAAAGGCUCUCGUAUUGAAAAGUCAUUAUCAGGAAAGUAACUUAGCAAAGCUUGUGGUGAUCCUCCACUACCGAGAAUGUUUUGAUUGAGCCUGAUCCCUCCCCAUGAAAGCAGAUGCUCUAAUUCGUGUGGAAGCUAACUGAGGCCUGAGCUGCCCCAGGGAGGAGCCUGGAUGGCUGCAGCAAACCCCUCACUCCAGACUGGGUAGGGAAAGGCAGGUUGUGCUUGCCAGAGGGCUGAGGGGGGAGCAGUGGAGGGUCUGGAGGAGGUGCUGAGGUUUGGCUCAUGCAGAAGAUUGCCCAGGAGCAGGAAGGUGCAGCAGUGUCCCUCAGGCUCGGCAGCGGGCUCCCCUGCACCUCUGCUGCGGGCUCAGCAGCACCUCCUGGGCUCUGGUUGCUGGGGAGGCACAGGGCAGCUUUCUUCUGGCAGGGGAAAAAAGGUAAUCUGCCCUCAAGUAACCAGCUCACACUCGGUGUAGCUGCAGGAAAUGUGUGCUCUUGCUGCUAGAGACACCACAGUUGCUACAGCAACCGCAAAGCACCAAGUCUCACCAAUGCCCUCCCUCUGCCACCCUUCAUGCCUCCAAAAUCAGGCAGAGUAGGGAAGGUGAUGAUGGGGAGACAAAGUGCCAGGUGGGGAUGACAUGACCCCUGGUUGCUGGGGGGCUACACACUCUGCUCCUGUCCCACCGUGGCUGGUGCCCAGACACUGCCACAAUCCCAUCAGUCCUUACAAGCACUUGGUUUCCAGGUCAAUAUGAUUUAGUUCACCAGAUCUGUAAAGCAGGACUGGUCUCAGCAAGCAUGUGUGCACCCCAGCCUGCCUUCCCCCCACCAAGCAUCUCCCUGCAGGGAUCUGCAGUGCUCGGUUGUAUCCGUGUUGCUUGUUCAGCCACCGAGCCGGUGCAGCAGCUGGCGGGAUGGGGAUGCAAUGCUGGGAUGCGGUGGGGAGCACCCCAGUGACAGGGGCAAUGGGAACCUAAAACCAAAAGGUGCUUUGUGAGCACCUGCCAUCUCUUUGCUAUUUAAAUCAAGCUCUCCGCGGUUCCCAGCGCUGUGCCAGCCUGCCUCAGUAACCGUGUGUGGUUUCCCCUGGUGCUCCUCUCUUAAAUAUUUAAUGGCAGGAGGGAGGAAGAGAUGUUUUAAGAAACAUUUCGGUGCUUCCAUCUGAACAGAAGGUUGUUUCAGGUGGCUGAAGCAGACAAAAAAGCUUUAGCUGUGAUUUAUCAGCAUCUUUCAGCUGCUGAAGGGCUGGCAGCAUGAUGAUGCAGGGUAAUGGUGAAAAGAGAAGUGUUUCAGAUGCCCGGAGAGAGUAAGAACUCCUGUGGUCUGUCCUGCAUCCUUUUCCUGACUCUAUGCCACCAUGACUUGAUUUCUUACACUAAAACAGUUGAAAGAGGCUUCAGGUUUCAAGUUUUAGUGGAUAAAGCUUGAAGAUCACCAGCUCCCAGGUCUUAGCCGGGCACUUUGUCCUCCCUACCACCUCUGGAUGUGUCAGGUUUGCUGAGUGCCAAGGGUCUAAUGGAGAUUUAAAGGUAUCUACCUGCCAGAGAGUUCCUAAGGAUUUAUUUGAGUCCAUGAAGUGGUUUGAAAAAUCUGGAUAAAAUCACUCUGGAAGGAAAUGUAUUUUAAUCUCAGCCAAAUCAUAAAUCAGGCCAUCCUUAAUACAAAUGACUCCUUAAGACGAGGCUGAUACAAGAGGAGAGGGCUGCACUUCUGCUUCGUUUGGCAGUCCCUGUCCUGGUGCAUCCACUCAGGGAUCAUCCCAGUUAUUGCUGGUGCUCAGUAUAAUGAACUUGCAUCUGCGCAGAUGCCCCACACCUGCACACCAGGGGGUGGGAUGCCAGUGGGUCUAAUGGAAGUGCUGCCACAGCUCAUAUUAUCUCAUCUCCCUAAUAAAACCCAUUUCCCUGCAGGGCAGCUGCUAUAAGGCUGAAUUCGGUGGCCUUAAGCACCGUUUUCAGAACAGGUUGGGUGCAAGUGCUAUUUACACCAGCAAAAUGUCCCAGGCGCAGUGUGCAUGGUCAUCUGUGCUGGGGCUCAGAGAGACACAGCCAGAAAAUAUAUACAAAGUAGUGUUCAAAUGCAGUUUUUCUUAGUGGGAACUGUGAACUCCACAACAAACCUGUUUGCCAGUCCCAGCCCUUUCCCAUCCAGCUGUGGUGCAAUUAGGUUUUCAUUUGAAUGACGUGCAAAGGGAGACUGUCAGUCAUUUCUCAGCACUGACACUGUGAAAGGGCAGUGCUGCUGGGCUGCUCAAUAAUUUAUGUCCUCAGUAUCAGAGGACAGCGUGUGUGGAAGUUCCUGUUGCUGCCAGCCAGGAUAAGAAGCUGCCUUCCAAGAGAGAUGGGCUGAUCACAGUGAGCCCCAGGAGCACACGUGGAGCACACCAAGAGCCGCCUCCGUGUGCCUCCUCCCCGCAGCGAUCAGCUGCUCCGCGCACGCUGUGCCCGCGGAUCUGCUCGCUCCUUCCAAACAGCCGGGCUCUUGGGAAGCGCGGGUUGAGCAGGUGUCACCUCGGACGCACAUGUUCACCCCGGCCUUGGGAAGUAGCAGCUGGAGUAAUUACCAUCCUGCUUAAUGAAGCGAGCUCCUUCAACAGAUGACACUUGGACUAACAUGCACUAAUUAAGUCUGUAAUCACUAAAAGAAUGAUUGAAGGUUUUGAACUGGCCAGUCGUUCUCAGUAACAUCAAAAUUAGAGACAACACAGCUCAUCAGAGCACAAGAAAAUUCAAGGGUUCUUGAUCACCCAGUGGUGUACACCAGCCUUGAUCCUGCCUUGGAUCAUCCUUUUUGCCUGAUAGCCUCCACUGGUUUGCAGUGGUUUACAAAACUACCCUGAACAGAUUACACUCAGGCCCGUAAAAUGAAUAAACUUUCACUUUUUUUUUUUUAAUAAUUUGGCUCACGGGUCUUGUAUAUCACCUGGGCAUUAUUCAGAGCUUCUCUAAUCCCCACCUGUCUGACUGCUUGUCCCAUGCAGCCCCAGCAGCAGCUCUGAAAGACUCCAAUUGACAGCAAUAACUGCAGGGAGACACUGAAAGAACUUGAAAAAGAUAGCUGAAACCAUAAAAUAAACCCUUCCGUUUCUUCCUACGAAGGAAGACUCGGAAAUAAGUGAAAAAGAUCAAAAGUUUUCAUAAUCUAAUGGCCAAGAUAAGGGGACCUAGCAGCGUAUUUCUCUCUGCCUUCUGCAGUACAGUGGAAGCAAACAUGCCUCUGGGAUUCAGUUUUAUCUUCCACUGAGCUCAGCUCUUUGGGUUAUCAGGAAAGUCAGGCUUUCUCUCUGCUGUUGGCUCUGAAGUGCUGGCCACAGUGACGUCCGAAUAUUUUCAGACCCUAGCUCACUGCAGGGGAAAGAAUUUUAAAAAAACAGAGCUUAAAAAGUCAGAAGUUUACAUAUCAAGGAGGAUUUUGCAGAGAACCUCGUAUUCCAGCUGCAAAAUGCCUGUAAAAGAAUAUUGAUAUUUUGAUCUAUUUUUACAGUCCUUGCUAAUAACAGCUGCCCAGAAUGGGGGCAGGGGGGCAGUUAAACCAAAUAGAUUUCACAACUUAGGUCUUGCUGGAAAUUAAGAGAAAUAAUUGCACUAGAUUUCUUUUUCCUGUCUGCCUAUUUUCAUUUCAGUUUUAUCAGCAUUAUCUGCCUAGCAAGGCUAAUCUAAUUUUUUCCUCAUUUUUCCUGUUUUAUAAUAGGAAGUGCUUGUUCACAGGUAUCCAGACUUGAGGCAGAGUAGUUAAUUGCUCUGCAAGCAAUCAGUCACCAAAAAAAAAGUCUGGUUCCCUCUUCCAUGUACUGGUCCAGGGCCUUUGGUCUCUGGGCUAUUUUAUCCAAUCCGGGUUAUUUUAGGCAGUUCGCUCAUGCCUCUCAUCUUAAAAUAACGGCAGUACCGUAAAAAGAUGGCAGUAUUUUUCCAUUCUACCACAAUGCAGAAAAGCCUGGGCCUUUUUUGCUCAUUUUCAAAGGUUUGCAUUUUGAAGCACAGCAACACUGGACCAGAACGCUGCAGUUCGUACAUGGAUACAACCCAGCAGGCUUGGGCGAGCUCAGACCUUGGUUCCUUGUUCUCCUUUUGCACUCCCCCGUGGGAGAUGCCUCAGUCCGUAAACACAGAUGUGUCCCUGCGGCAUCAGCGCUGGCAGCCACACAACCAGCGCUGGGGCUCCGUGAUGGCUGGGUCACAAAUCUUCCUGUGUUUGGGGCAGCAGGAGCUGCCCUGAGACUUAAUUCCAACCCUCGGCCGCUAGAAACCACAUCAACUCCCUUCCCGCCUGGCUGCCCGUGCCCAGUCCUGCCGCCGUCGAAGGAAAACGGCCUCAGUGCUGCGGUUUGGUUGGUGCUUUUGCAGAGCUUCGUUUGUCCAUCCCAGUCGUCUUUUUAGUGUCUUUCAGAUAUUGGUGUUAUCUAAGCCUUGGGCUGUGUAUUUUGCAGGAGUGAGAUGUGAAUCUCUCAGGCCAGCGCGGCCGGGCACCGGCACAGCCGGACACAGCACCGGUCACUGUGCCGAGCCGUGUCCAGCCACAGCCACGCCGAGCCUGGGAGGCUGCGGGAUUUUGGGGGUCACUGGGGUGGAACAAAGAAAUAAACUUAACAGCAGAGUGAAUUAUAGUGUUAAGCGGCAUUCUUUAUUUCAUCAGUGAUGGGGAACACUGGGGAUCAUCCUCCAUAAGUGCUCCCAAGACCGGAUGCCCUUGCAUUGCUUAUAUUCACACAAUUAUUGCAUAUCGAUUACAAUUUUUGGAAAUUCUUAACAUACAAUAUAUCUAUACUAAGAAAUAAUAAUGAUGAUAGUUAAAAUCGUUCAGUUUCUUACUUACAUCUAAUAAUUAUUAGGUAAAUAUGAACUAAGCACUCUGCUUCUAAACAAUGUAUCAGUUAAUCUUCUGUCUCCCUCUUGUCAUGCAGAAGGAUCUAAAACUUGAAAAAAUCCCCUUGUUUUGCAGGUGGUCAGAAAGCAUUUAUAACGUCAAUCGGUUAAUGAUGGCUAUGUCUUUUAUAACUUAAUCACAGUAUAAAUUAAAUUAGCAGCUUCUCUUCAGGGGUGUUCCUGCCAGAGCUGCCAAAGGUCAGAGGUUGGAAACAGAGCCGUUUGUGGCCUUUCUGCAACAGCCUGUCUGCCACGCAAGUAAAGACCAACAGCGUUUAACGGAUCCGCUGACAAGAAAAUCACCCCCAUGCGGUGGCAUUGCCCGAGCCCGGCACGCACGGCGGGACGUGCCCGAGCCCGAGCCCGGCCGCGCCGAGGCCCCGCAGCCCGCCGUGCGCGGUGCCACCAGCCGCAGCGGCGCCGCCGGCUCCCCGCGCCACCCGCCUGCGCCGCACGGCCCGGGAGGGGCCAUGGUGCUGGGGCCGUGUUUUGGGACGGACCGUGUUGUUGAGGGACCGUGUCUCUGAGGGACCGGGGUCGCCACUUUGCUGGGGCUCGGGUGUUGCGGGGCACUGUUGCUGCGGGUCCCUCCCGACGCGCAGGGCCAGGGCGGGACCGGGAGCCGCAGCCGCCGGGGCCAGUGCAGGGGCGGGAAAGGGCGGCUGCCGGCGGAACCUUCCCCGCUGCAGCUUCUGUUGCGCACCGGAGCGGCGCGGGGUUCCGGUCCGCGGUGCCAUUUCCCAGCAGCCCCUGGGGCCCGCCCUUCUCUUCCGGCCCGGUGGCGGCGGUGCAGCCAUGGCCAAGUCCAAGAACCACACCACGCACAACCAGUCCCGCAAGUGGCACAGAAAUGGCAUCAAGAAACCCAGAUCCCAUAGAUACGAGUCUCUCAAAGGGGUUGAUCCCAAGUUUCUGAGGAACAUGAGGUUUGCGAAGAAACACAACAAAAAGGGGCUGAAGAAGAUGCAGGCCAACAACGCCAAGCAGGCUGCUCAGCAGAAAAAGGACUGACGUGGUUUAAGACAAAGAAUCAGUUUUCCUAUUGGCACGUGUGUUACAGCAUUUUUUUUAAAAUAAAAUUUGAUGUAACAGAA